AAAAGGUGUAGAGAGAGGGGAGGUUAGAAGAAACUGGUGUCCUGAAACAGAGGGUACAAUAACAUAAACGUAUAACACAGAGACAAAGGUGCAAAAGAGAAGAAAAGGGAGAGAAGAGAAGAGAAGAGAAGCUUGCAUAUUAAGGGAAGAGAUUAGAAUAAAUAGUUGGAGUUAGAGUGGUCUUUGCUGGACUUGGCGGGAUUUCCGGUGCCGGAUUCAGUGUCGGCUUGCAUUCCUCACUCACUGCAAUUUUCUCUCUCUCUUUCUGUCUCAACCUCAGAGAGAAAGAAGAAAACAGUCACAACCACAGCCGCAGAGCGCUACCUACUACUUCUUUGUCCCUGUUGUUAAACCAUUCUCUCUCCAAUUUGUUAUUUUUAUCUCAGGCCCCCAUCGUCACAGUAUAAUAUCUUUUUCUCUUUUUUUUUUCUUUUCCAAAUUUAAAUAUUUUUCUUUUCGUCUUCCGUCAACUGAAGGAGGAUUCAGAGAGACAGGCAGAGAAAGAGAGAGAGAGAGAGUAGGUAGAACAAUAUAACCUCAGUCAGACACAGAAGAAAGGAAGAAGCAUAGAAAGCGAUACAGAUUUGGCAGCCUUGGAAACUGCGGGGAGGCGAAAUAGAACAAGGUUUGUGAUUCCGACAUUUGAUGGAAAUGGAUGGAUCUUUGGGUCAGCGUUGGUAAGAGAUGGGGAUAGUGUGGUUCCGGUUGUUGUUGUUGCUGGUGGUGAGUCAGGUGACAUUGGAGCAGAUUGAGCCACUGAGUUCCUCUGAGGAGCGAGAAUCGUUACUUGAACUGAGGGCUUCUCUGGGGUUGCGAAGCAAGGAAUGGCCAAGAAAACCAGACCCUUGUUUACUCUGGGUUGGCAUCACAUGCCAGAAUGGUCGAGUCGUUGGGAUCAGUAUCUCUGGGUUUAAAAGAACAAGACUUGGGAGGGGGAACCCGCAAUUUGCAGUGGAUGCUUUGGCCAAUUUCACUCUCUUGCAGUCCUUCAAUGCCUCUAAUUUCCUCCUUCCUGGACCUAUUCCCGAUUGGUUUGGUCUCUCCCUUCCUUCUCUCAGAGUGCUUGAUCUUCGUUCUUGUUCCAUUGUGAAUGCUAUUCCCUCCACUCUCGGCAAUUUGACCAACCUCUCUAGUCUCUAUCUUUCUGACAACAACCUCAUUGGGAAUGUUCCGGAGUCUCUGGGUCAACUCUCUGCCCUUGCGGUUCUUGAUCUUUCCAGGAAUUCUCUCGCUGGCUCCAUACCAACAUCUUUUGGCUUUCUUGGGAAUCUUUCUUCCCUUGACAUGUCUGCCAAUUUUUUGUCGGGGCCGAUUCCCCCUGAAAUAGGGUCUCUUUCCAGGUUACAGUACUUGAAUCUUUCCAACAACGGACUUGCCACUUUGCCUAGUCAAUUGGGGGGUCUAACUAGCUUAGUUGUCCUUGAUCUUAGUCAGAAUUCUUUUGCCAGUGGAGGACUGCCUCAGGAUUUGGUUGGGUUUAGGAACUUGCGGCAGAUGAUACUCACAAACAGCAUGCUCACGGGGGCCCUGCCUGGGAGAUUGUUUACUGAUUCAUUGCAGUUGCAGUUCCUAGUGCUGAAGCAGAACAAUUUUAGUGGUGCUUUGCCUGUUGAGUUGUGGUCUCUGCCAAGAUUGAGCUUCCUUGACGUGUCUGCCAAUAAUUUCAGUGCUGUGCUUCCUAAUUCGAGUUUGGCUGCUAAUGCUACUGUUGCGGUGCUCAAUAUUUCGCACAAUAAGUUUUAUGGAAACCUCUCUCCUGCUUUAAGAAGGUUUGGGUUUAUUGAUCUUUCAAACAACUAUUUUGAGGGCAAGGUUCUGGAUUUCAUGCAUAAUGUAUCUCUAGAUAGCAACUGUCUCCAGAACGCCACAGAUCAGAGAUCAACGGCGGAAUGUGCAUCGUUUUAUGCAGAGAGGGGGCUCAGUUUUGAUAAUUUUGGACAGCCGAAUACAACAACACCUCCUGCCUCAAAAAGAUCUGGGAAGAGCAAUAAGACUAAUAUUAUACUGGCUGCAGUCUUGGGUGGAUUGGGUUUAAUUGCACUUUUGGUGUUGCUAGUGGUUCUGCUGCUUCUGUGUAUUCGUAAGAGGGGUAACUCAAAUCAGAGAGGAAACGGUGUGGGUCCUGCGCCUGUUGGCAGCAGUCCUCCAAACCCUGGUGUACCUAUUGAGUUUCCAAAUGUAGGGGACUCAUUUACAUAUCAUCAGCUGCUCCAGGCAACAGGAGAUUUCAAUAAUGCAAAUCUUAUCAAACAUGGACACACUGGGGACUUCUUCAAUGGUGUUUUGGAAAGUGGGAUUCCUGUCGUCAUCAAAAGGAUCGACAUGCGUUCAGCUAAAAAAGAGGCUUACCUGUUGGAGUUGGAGUUCUUCAAUAAGGUUUCUCAUCAGAGAUUCGUUCCAUUGUUAGGUCAUUGUUUAGAAAAUGAGAAUGAGAAGUUUCUGGUUUAUAAAAGCAUGCCAAAUGGGGACUUGUCUAAUUGCUUGUACUACAAAAACACUACAUCCGAAGAUGGUACUUUGCAAUCACUGGACUGGAUAACCAGGUUGAAAAUUGCUACUGGAGCCGCAGAGGCCCUGUCGUAUCUACAUCAUGAAUGUGUGCCUCCCAUUGUUCACAGGGAUAUUCAAGCAAGCAGUAUACUUCUUGACGACAAAUACGAAGUUCGGUUGGGGAGUCUAAGUGAAGCCUGUGCUCAAGAAGGUGACAUUCAUCAAAGUAAGAUCACCCGGUUUCUGCGGUUGCCUCAGUCCUCAGACCAAGGCCCAUCUGGUUAUUCAACAACAAUUUGUGCCUAUGACGUUUAUUGCUUGGGAAAAGUUUUACUCGAACUGGUGACCGGUAGGUUGGGAAUGAGUGCAGCCAGUGAAGCCGAAGUAAAGGAAUGGUUUGAUCAGAUUCUGCCUUGCAUUAAUAUGUAUGAGAAGGAGCUCGUGACGAAAAUUAUCGAUCCAUCGAUGGUCGUCGACGAAGAUUUCCUAGAGGAAGUGUGGGCUAUAGCCAUUGUUGCCAGGUCUUGCUUAAACCCCAAACCUUCAAGGAGACCCCCAAUGAGAUAUAUUCUGAAGGCUUUGGAAAACCCUUUGAAGGUGGUGAGGGAAGAAAAUUCCAGUUCUGCGCGGCUCAGAGCAACCUCUUCCAGAGGUUCUUGGAACGCUGCUACUUUGUUUGGGAGUUGGCGUCAGAGUUCUUCUGAUGUAACGGCAACUCCAGCAGCCUCAGGUGUAAAACUAGAAAGAGCUGGUAGUUUGAAACUGUCAGGAACCACCGGGUCGCGGUCGCAGUCGCAGGGUAGUUUCCACAAUGGCGGCGGUGAGAUUUCGUUGUCGCGGAGACGACACUCGAAGGAGAUAUUCCCAGAGCCAUCAGGGGUUGAUGAUGUAGAGAGGUUGGAGCUGGAAUAACAGAGAGUUUGGUCGUAAAUUUAAUUCUUUUGGUAAUGAGAGAAAGCAGAUGAUGAAAGCUCUGAAAGGGGUGAUUUUUCUUUUGUUUUCAGUGGUUUUCGAUACAACAAAAGUGAUGGAGUGGAGAGAUAGAGAUACAGAGAGGAAGAAGAAGGCCAAGCGCUGUGGUAUAGAUAUGGAUUCUUCUUUGACUUGCCUUGUUUCCGACUGAAACAAGCACCAUUUUUUCACCUGUAAUUGAUUUUUUUACCCUUUCUCUCAUGGAAUGUAAAUUUUAAUGUCUUAGGAUAUCUUCAUUCAGAUCA